GCGUUUCUGCAAAUUGCGUGCAACUCGUAGGCAUCUUCUGUCUUACUGCGCCAACUACUAGCUGAACGAUGGCGGCCCUAAUGAACCGUCCCGCUGUUCUAUCGUCCUCUAGCCGUGGCCGCCUCGUAGUGUGCGCUGCUACGGCAGUGCCCAAGCAGUUUAAGGCGGUGAAGCCUGUUGGUGACCGCGUUCUGGUCAAGGUGGACAAGGAGGAGGCGAAGAGCGUCGGUGGUGUGCUGCUGCCGGCGUCGGUUCGCAACAAGCCCACUGCUGGCGCUGUGGUCGCAAUGGGCGAUGUGAAGGCCGUGAAGGCCUCCGACAAGGUCAUCUACUCCAAGUUCGCUGGCACUGAGCUGGAGCUGGCGGGCGAAGAGCACGUGCUGCUCAAGGAGGAUGAUGUGAUCGGCGUGCUGCCGCCUUCAGACAAGGUGGCCCAGCUCAAGCCCUUGGGCGACCGCAUCCUCAUCAAGGGCGCUAAGGCGGAGGAUAAGACGGCUGGCGGUGUGCUGCUUGCCACGGACUCGGGCGAGAAGCCCACGUUUGGCACGGUGGUUGCCGUUGGCGAGGGCAAGGAGGACGAGGAGACCAAGCAAAUGGUGAAGCCCAAUGUGGAGGUGGGCGCUACUGUUAUGUAUUCCAAGUACUCCGGGACGGAGUUCGAGGAGGAUGGCGAACAGUACAUUGUUGUUCGCGAGAGCGACAUCCUUGCGCAGCUGGCGUGAGCAGCAGCGAGCCCGCAGCUAAGCGCUCGCCGAGUGGCCCCAAGGGACUUCAGGAUAACGCGGGGGCGCAAAACUGCACAAUUGCACCGCCAGUGCAGAGCCUUAACGGUGGAGAGGGGAGAGAUCUUUAGGUUGAGUGAGCUGCGUGGUGAUGUCGCGUUGAAGGUAGUCAGUUGUUCUGUGACAAGGGGGUUUAGGACCUUGCGGUCUGGAGGUUCGGGCAGGGAGGGGCGGCCCUGCUGGAAGGGUGAGCGAGAAGACGUGCGUGUGUGUGUGCCUCGUGGAAUGUGGGUCGGAAACGGCUGGCGUUGGAAAGGCCAGGAUAGGCGGUCUUAGCAGGCGGCAUGGGACCAGAGUGGCACAAGCUUUCUGUAUCGCCGUGUCUGAUGCGGCCCCUCUGCUGCCGCUGCCGGUAGCUAACGACCUGGCAUCUGGUGGCGGCCGAGGUGGUCAUGGACGACCGACACCAAAGUACGAGGUGGUGUGGUUAUUAUUGUCACCGGACGCGACUGUGUGGUCCACGGACGAGGCCGUCGUUAGCAUGCACCCCCCGUCAGGGCCCUUAACCACAGCCCAGCCUAGCCUAGUUUUGAUUGUCGAGGGGCGUCCAAGGCAGCUGUGUUACAAUCUGGUCAUUCCGCUUUGAUGGCCGGCAGUAGUCGACGUGUGCUGGGCGGUAGGGAGGUGCUGGAAUGCAGAUGAUGGCCUUCACGUGGCGCGCUCUACUGCGGAAAUAACCUCACGAUAGACCCAUGAAAGUGUCCUGAAGGGGGAGGGCAGCGUUGGAUUGCGGAUGUGUACGAUGAACAGCAGUCCCUGCAAAUGGCAAUUUUGUCCCCCGCGUCCUGUGCUUGUGUGUGACGACUUGAAGCAGCUCCGCAGCAAGAUCCACGUCUCGCAACAGAUGCAACACAUGCACGGGGAUGUUUGCGUGGGCCCUGCGUCGGGGUCAUGGCAGCACAGCAAAGGACGUGGGGUGUGUCCUGUGUGGAAGAGUGUUGUUGGUUGUGACACAUUCUGGCUCUGUGAACUAGUGGUAAUGCCGAGGAUAAAGGUGAGAUGUUGGACUGGUGCCAAAUGGCACCGUGAAGGUGACUAUGCCUGGUGCCGUUGUGGCACUAUGCGGUCAACGGGGAAGGGAGUACUGUUCCGGUGUAAAACGUCCUGCGGUCUUGAAAGGGAAGUUCGGAAGUGCGUGUAUUGUUAGGUGAUAUGCCUGUUGACAAGGAGCAAAUGUUCGAGCUUGCAUCAGUGCAGUUGCCUCUCCACAGAUUGGGGCCGAGAACAAGCCGCGACCUUGACAGUUGUUUUAGCAAACUGAAGUCUGACACCAUCAACGGAGGAUGUGCCCCCAACUGGAAGGCGGAAGGAUGGUCAGACAGACGGGCAAGGUGAUGUAGAGGAGAGGUACUCGUGGUGUGCAAAGGAGCAAUGCAGUAACGUGAGCUGGCCCUGGAUCUGAAAAAAGCACGA